GACAACUUCCUCUCACCCACUCCCUCUACACCUGAUGCCACAAAGAGUCUGUCCCGAUGUUGGAUGAUAGCGGCUGGAGAGAAGGAAGGACGCGUUCGCCGUCUGUCAUCCCAGACGAUGGCAUCCGCGGCUUCCUGGAACAGAAGACAGCACACCUCUUUGCCACACAGCUGCAGUCACGAUUAGACACUCUCGAACAAACCAGAGAAACACCGAGAUUCCUCAGACGCAACUCCUACAACCUGUAUCUUGAAGGUCAUUUCGCCCUCCUCGACCCACGCGACCUCGAGCGUACCACCCUCAGCCCCACGCCUCCUUCCAGUGACGAGGACUGGACAACCUCAGAGCACACCCCUGAGCCGAAUCCCAAAACCAACCACUACAAACCAUAUCUCGUUGAAAACUUAUUCCCGAGGUCCAAAGCUCUCCACGGCCGAAUUGAACGGAAAUCACUGCGACGGCGAAAUAAAAAGAGCAGCAAAACACACAACCCAAAUCACCGGAUGUUACGUCGGUCCAGAGAUAAGCCCAAUUCGCUCUUUUAUGAGCUGGACUGGGUGGGCAGGAACGCAGUGGCCGUGUGCCAAUUGGUACAGGACAAUUCCGAAAUGGGGAAUAAGAAAGGCUGAAUGCCAGAAAUCCGCGUCUGGUAUCUCUUGCUAGUACCCCACAUCAUGGGCACAGGGUCCCAUGAUCAAUGGUCCAGGCUAGGAACGUGCUCUUCAGGAGAGAAUUGCAUCCCUCACGGGACUUUCUCAAAAGCACGUCGACGCCACGAGAUCACGCCGCCCCCAAUGCUAGCCUUGUUUCGCCCGCUUACUUAAGGCAAGGCGUCUAAAGGGACUAUGCCUGAUUGGAUCUUUUAUUCACGAAUUUGUCGAAUUCGCGAAAUAAUAAGAAAUCCCACAAUCAGUCCCAGGAUGACCGUCCCGCUGUGACACGAGCCGCCGAGAAUACUAUGAGCAGCUCGCCUCUGGGUGGCAAUGGUGAUGUCAAGAUAUCUCUGACAACUGGACAUUGCAAAGAGUUGGUGCAGCAACUUCAGCCUCUCUGAUCAGAGAUUGAGGGAAGGGCUUUCAGGGGGGUUAGCUAAUAUUCUAUUCAUUUUGUAUAGUAUUCAGCUUUAGCGGGAGUUUUGCUGGUUUAUAUUCAAUUAGCGAUGGCAACCUUUGCAGAACAUAUGAUAUCUGCUCAAGGUUUUACACGAUUCAUCCACC